AUGUUCUUCAAGAUUCUUGUUCUGGUUUCUCUGCUAGCCGUUUCGGCUAACGCUCAAGGGACCAGUUUCGUGUACAACGGUUUCCAAUUGGGAAAGCUGAGCCUCGAUGGGAUGGCCUGGGUUACCCCCGAUGGCCUCCUGAAUAUGGGCUACGACGUCAGACAGAAUAUGGGCCACGCCUUCCAUCCCGAGCCAGUCCAGUUCAAGAACUCGCCAAACGGCUCCGGCUUCUCCUUCUCCACCACGUUCGUCUUUGCGAUCCGACCUCGGUAUAAGACUCUGGGCGGCCACGGGAUCGUCUUCAUGGUCACGCCUCAGAGAGGCUUCCCCGGGUCCCUGUCUAGCGAAUACCUUGGCAUUUUCAACCAAACUGACCACGGCAACGAAACCAAUCAUGUGUUUGGGGGUGGAAUUUACACGUUCCAGAGCAGCGAGUUUAAUGACAUCAAUGACAAUUAUGUCGGAAUCGACUUGAACGGGUUGAUAUCAGCAAAUUCAACUCCGGCAGGGUAUUAUGCAUAUGGUGAUGACUUCAAGAACUUGGCUCUAAUCAGUGGUGAAGAAAUGCAAGUUUGGGUGGACUAUAAUGGAACUGAAAAGCGGAUCACUGUCACAUUGGCUCUGAUCAAAGUGCAAAAGCCAAACACUCCCCUUCUGUCUCUUACAUGGGAUCUCGCGUCAGUUAUCAACGUGAACAUGUACGUUGGCUUCUCGUCAUCGAUCGGUUCAACCCAAACUUCUUACUAUGUUCUGGGUUGGAGCUUCGGGGUAAAUGCAAAGGCUCAGGAACUUGCCCUGUCCCAACUUCCUAAGCUUCCUCAGGUCGGUAAAAGGAUACGUCGAAGGUACUGA